AUGCCGAAGAUGAGCGUGGGACGAUUCUUGAAGAAUCCUGUGAGCGCGAUUUCAAACGCGUUCGAAUUGAAUGAUCAUAAAGAUAGACUGCGUGCGCUCCAGGAGCAAAGGAAUGCGUUGGAGCGGGACCUUGAAUUCUCGGCGAAUUUAAGAGACGUACAGGAGAGGCUCGACGCCAUGGACGUCGCCGCGAGGGGAUGCUACGAUUUACUGACGACCGUUCUUAGUAAGCUUAAUAAUCUUCCCCGCGACGAUGAAAGUUCUGUGGACAUGCGCGAAGAGGAUGAGAGGUUUUGCGAGCUGCUGAAGGAGGCGUGUGCGACGGUGGACGAAGAUGAGCGUGAAACGGUCGAUGAGGACGAGAGUGAAACGAUCGAUAAAGACGAGCGUGAUUCACGCAUAUGUGCACUUUUGAAGGAUUAUCGUGAUUGCGCCUACCGCAACGCGGAAGCGCACGCGCUUGACGCGUCGUUCCGUCAUCGGUUGUAUCGCGGCGUGGACAGACAACUCUCAGAACUAAAUAAAUUUCGCGACGAACUGAGAAAGCAAACGCAGAUUCAGUCUAUAAACAUGGAAGAGCUCAAAGGAGUCAUCCAGCAGAUCGGGGUCACUGAAGAAAAGUUGAGCGCUGUGAGACAAAAGCAGUUUGGUUGA